AUGGAGCUAGGAAAGGCUAAACUUCUGCGAACUGGUCUCAAUGCCUUGUAUCAGGCCAUACACCCUGUGCAUGGGAUUGCCUGGACAGAUGGAAAGCAGGUGGCACUAACUGCAUUGUAUUUUCAUAACAAAGAACUGAGGUUUGGUGACUCGAGUGUUAUUGGCCAGUUUGAACAUGUUCAUGGACUUUACUGGAGCCCAUGUUAUUCUGCCAACAUCCCAGCUUUGCUUGCUGUUCAGCAUAAAAAGCAUGUUAGUGUUUGGCAGCUAAGUCAAAAUAGUUCAAAAAAGAGUAAGCUCUUGAUUUCUCAAACCUGUGAAACUGGGGAACCGUUCCAAUUGCUUCCCCAGGGCUGUGUGUGGCACCCAAAGAGGGACGUUUUGUCUGUACUUACUAAACGGGAUGCUUCUGUUUUAUAUGCUGUUCGUUCAGAUAAUUCUAGAGUUAAAGCAGAUAUCAAAAGCAGCGGUCUCAUCCACUGUGCCUGUUGGACAAAGGAUGGUAAUCGCUUAGUCAUCGCUAUAGGCAGUGCUCUUCAUUCCUAUAUAUGGGAUGAUUCUCAGAAAACACUGAAUGCAUGUUCCUUUUGCCCAAUAUUUGAUGUUGGAGGCUACAUCUGUGCUAUUGAAGCUACUCUGGAUUUCCAAAUUGCGGUAGCGACUGAACUUCCGAUUGAUAAGAUCUGUGGUUUGAAUGCAGGUAUUACAUUUGAAAUGCCAGCAGGUACUGAAACAGGUUCCUUAACUUCACAAGUGCUUGGGGAUGAGGAAUAUUCUAUGGACCGGAGAAGAAAGUCUAUAGAUUCAGACAAAUCAGUAACGGUUGAUUCAGUAGCUUCAUCUUCCUCAGGCCCUGUGGAUUUAACCCACAUCCUUGCAAACCACCGAAGAUCUGACCCGAGUCCUCUCAUUCCAUUGAGAAGGAAGGAGUACCAUUUAGGAACUGGCAAAGAUUCGUCAUACUUGAUCCUAGUGACUUUUGAAGGAAAAGUUACCACAACUAGAAAAGUUAGCAUUCCAGGCAUUUUAGUCCCUGAUAUAAUUGCCUUUGACUUUAGGGCUCAAAUUGUGGCAAUAGCCUCCAAUACGUGUAAUAUUGCUUUAGUUUACUCAGUAACUUCAUCGUGUAUGCCUAACAUUCAACAAAUCCAGCUAGACAAAAACGAACGGCCCAAGGGCCUAUGCUUUUUGACAAACAAACUCUUGUUAAUUUUGAUUGGCAAGCAGAAAUUCACUGAUCCUGUAGUUAUUCCGUCAUCUAAUUCAGAAAGAUAUAUCCUUCGGCUGAUGGUCAAAGAAUUAAUAUUUGAAGAAGAAUCAUCAGCAAAAUCCGAUACCACCCAAAAUAUGCCUUUCAGUUUUGAGUCAUCUGUGAAUAUUCCUGGGAAAAGAAAAUAUUUGGAGAAUCUUGCUUCAGAAGAUCAAGCAGGAGGAACAGAGCUGUUAAUGCCAGGAAGCACUAUUAUCCAGUCUCCUUGUAGAAGAAGACAAAUAUUAGAAGAAGCAAAGAGUCCUAGUUAUGAGCAAAGUUCAUCAUCCAGCGUGAGUGAUUUUAAUGAUAAAAGACUUGCAGGUGACCCAUGUGUUGCUCUAGAAACUUUGGAUGCUGAACCAAUUAACCGAUCAGUGGCUCUGCUUGGUCUUGGAACACCUACCAGGAUUUCAAGCAGUCCAGUUUCUCCUAAAGUGAUGCAAGAGACGUUAAAUUCUCCUAAAAAUAACAUUUUGCCUAGUGAAAAAGGAGCAAGUCACAUAUCCAGGAAUCUGGAAAGAUUGUGUGGCAGCUUCAGUGACUUACAAUUACAACUUCAUGAACUAAUAGACUUCACUAAAAAUGGAAACAAAUUCUCUCUAGCCUACCCAUCUUCUCAAGAUCCACCUUUUGUUUACAUUACUUACCAGAAGCAUUUUUCAAAUGGGGCUGUAGCUGAAGAAACGAGAACUGUUCUUCUUUGUGAUGGUAAAGUUCAUCUGAAUCUAGUCCAGCGACUUUUUGAUCUGCCUAUUGUUGAAAUGAAACAUGGUUCUUCUUGGAUUAUUCUAACAGCAGAUAGCGAAGGCUUUAUUCCAUUAACAUUUAAAGAAAAGCAAGAGAUCAUUGUAAGGGAUGGAAGUGACAGUUUGGAAGAAUACGCAAGUGAUUCCUGCAAAAGAAACAUUUCUUCUCAGCCGCCAAACAGUGUGACAUAA